AUGCUGGAAACGAAAGCAAAAGGUGAAAUGACCCACUACGGCCAGAUCGGACAAUACCUUGUUAACACAAGGGACAGUGCGACAGGGUUUUACCACUACAUCGAAUCCCUGAAACGAAAGGCAGAAGAUCUGGACAAUCUUACUCGACGUCAGCGCCUAUGCCAGGCAAGCGACGAAUGUGCCAGGAGCUCACAGUCACCCCCCGACCCGGCAGACGAUACGCACAGUAGUCCGCAAACAUCUCAUGCCACGUCGCUGACCGAGCAAACGAGUCUCACAGAGAGGUCUGUACAGGCAGCCAUGGGAGAGAUUGGCUUUCUAUCCCGCAAUGCUAUGGCAGAGCCGCGCGACCAGGCGAGCGGCUUUCCUCAGGAGCUGGCCAUAGGAAGCAUGAUUAGGGCUUCACUAGCUAUUUCUGGGAGUGACCCAACACAAUCUCUACCUCCGUCCCAGAAAUCUAGAUACAUGCCUAUGGUGGGACACACCCCCAAUAUCAGCAAGGAGUUCAUGACAGGGUGCCUGGACAGCCUGCUGCAGCGGACCAAAAUCAUCUGUCCAUAUCUCGAUGAGGCGGAGAUGGUGUGUCCUCCUUGCGCUUCGCUCUGCGUAAUGGAUCGACCGUUCGGGAUUGAAGAUAGGGAUAUUACACUGAGGCUUCCAUCGAAUGUGCACAGUCCGUCAGAGUGGUUCGACUUUAGGGCGCACGUUCUUAUGCAUGCUAGACUCGUAUCCAAUAUGCGCGACUCCCCAGAGCAUGGCCCUAUUUUUCAAUAUCAAGCGCUAUGUUACUGGAGAGACAUACCCAAGGGUGCGGAAGGCUUCAGUCAACCAUUGAGCACAAUCCGCGCGAUAGGACAGCUCACCUGUAGGGCUUUGAUGAGAACGAGCAUUCUCGGGCCUACCCAAGCACUCCAACAGGAUAUAAUGACCGUCUGCAGAGAGUAUAUCAAUGGUGAAUACGACGCCUUAGAGAAAGGAUAUUUCUCUGGGUCAUUUAUCGACGCCUUUGAUGUAUUCUCUGCAGGGGCGGUCAUCAUCGUCCUGGGGAGGUCGUCACCCUUGCUGGAAUCACCCAGUGGAGCGAGUGUUCUGAGCAAGUGCACUGCACUAUUGACCAUCAUUGGGGAGAGAUUCUCCGCCCUCAAAGUUCUCUGCAGAGUUCUUUGGCGUUUUCAGGAGUCGGCAGACGAUACACAGAACAAUCUGGCAACUGUGUGGGCUAUCAGGCGUCAAUUCGAAGCAUCCAACAACCUCAACAUGCCGCCCAGCAGAGCUGAUGAUCUGAUGUCAACUGGCCAGCCGGCCAGCUCGGAGAAAUCAACUGUCUAUGUCCUCGACCCAUUCCCUCCGAAGGCCAUCGAGCACGCAAAGACACUUUUCAAUAUCAUUCAGCCACACGAUGAAGCCUUUCAACACUGGAGAGCAAAUGCCCGCGCUUUGUUGAUCCGAAGUUCGUAUCUUACCGCCGAAGACAUCGCCAGUUGCCCCAACCUCGUCGCUAUUGGCAAGCACGGCGUAGGAAUCGAAAAAAUUGACCAGGACGCCUGUGUAAAAAGAGGAAUCAAGAUUCUCAACACGCCGGGGGCGAACGCGCGCGACGUGGCUGAACUUGUUGUCACCCUCGCCCUGUCAGUUGCACGCGGCAUUCGGUCCAUCACGACUCGCCAGAUGUCGAAGCCUGUCCCCAAGGAGACCUGCAAUGGGUUGACUCUGUAUCAGAAGACCAUCGGAAUUAUUGGCAUGGGGAAUAUCGGACGAACUGUUGCAGAAAUCUUUCGGGGUGGCUUUGCGGCGGACAUAGUGGCUUAUGAUGCAUAUACGCCGGACAAUAUUUGGCAGCAUAUCCCGCAUGUCAGAGCGAGAAGCAUCGAUGAAGUGCUCGUACGGGCUGAUGUCCUGUCUAUUCACGUGCCACUUACAAAGGACACCCGGGAUAUGAUCACAUAUGACCGUAUUCGCGCGAUGAAGCCGGACGCGAUUCUCAUCAAUGCAGCUCGGGGAGGCAUUGUGAACGAGCGGGACCUUACCAGAGCACUAUCUGAGGGCUAUCUGUGGGGCGCCGGACUAGAUUGCCACGAACAAGAGCCUCCAAGUCAUGAAAAGUACGGAUUGCUGUGGGAAAACCUGAAUGUCAUCAGCACGCCGCAUAUUGGAGCGGCCACCUCCAGGGCGCAGUUGGCCAGCGCGACAGCGGCGAUUGACAAUCUGCACAGAUACCUCUCCGACAUUUGA